GGCAGCAGCUCCCCCCGCUCCAGUCUGUACAGGCGCAGUGAGAGCAAGUGUGUGCAGCUCGGCUGGCCUCCCCUCCGCUCUUGAAUGGACUAGAUUUCCCCUCCCGGCCACGUAAGAAGCACAGCAGCGCCACGGGAGAGAGGAUGUCCUGCUGAAUCAAGGGAUAGGCCUGGGAAAGUCGGCCGGCCGGUCCCUUCCUUCCUUCCUUCCUUCAUUCCUUCCUUCCUUCUUAACCUUCCUUCCAGCAGACAUUCAAAAACACAAGACGACACUUUUCUUCCCCCCCUUCAUUCGGACCGGGACCAAGAGAGAGAGAGAAAGAGAAAGACAAGAGGACGUCGCUUCGUCACCCGGCACACAAAGAGCUCCAGCAGUUUCUCUCUCUCUCUCUUUUUUUGUUUUGUUUUGUUUCUUGUGUUUUUUUUUUUUUUGUUUUUGUGUUUUUUUCCCGGAUGGGGGUUUUCUCCUCCGUCUGUGCUAGAUGACAAUCGCCGUGCACGGAUAACAUGAUCCCGGGGAACGAGGCCGUGCAACUGACCUGCUGCGGAUCCAGGAUCAGCAGCAGGAGGAGAACAAGGAGCAGCAGCAGCCUCUUCCUCCUCUUCCUCCUCCUCCUCUUCUUCUCCACCACCACUUACCAGGGUUUUGUGGAGUUAUCGCACUUCUUCCUCAUGAACAUACAGAGGUCAAAUCCAAUUAACAUUUCACGUUAUGGGAGAUCGCGGCACAAAUCGCACGACUUCGAAGAAUUGUCUUGCUUAAGGACUACAGAGUCGCACCAGAGCUUCAGCCCCAACCUCGGGUCCCCCAGCCCGCCGGAGACCCCGGACUCCUCGCACUGUAUCUCCCGCAUCGGGGACUACCUUUUGUUGGAACCACUGGAGGGAGACCACGUUUUCAGAGCCGCCCACCUGCACAGCGGGGAAGAGCUCGUGUGUAAGGUUUUUGACAUUGGACGAUACCAGGAGUCACUGGCGGCCUACUUCGCCCUGGGCCAGCACCAGCACAUUAACCAAAUCCUGGAGAUCUUGCUCGGGGAGACUCGAGCCUACGUGUUCUUUGAGAGGAGCUAUGGAGACAUGCACUCUUUCGUCCGCACCUGCAAGAAGUUGCGGGAGGACGAGGCUGCCCGGCUCUUCUAUCAGAUAGCCUCGGCCGUGGCACAUUGCCACGACAACGGACUGGUCCUCCGUGACCUCAAACUGAGGAAGUUUGUCUUCAAGAAUGAGGACAGAAGCCUCGUGAAGCUGGAGAGCCUCGAGGACACUUAUAUCCUGGAUGGUCUUGAUGACUCCCUGUCAGACAAACACGGCUGCCCAGCUUAUGUCAGUCCUGAGAUCCUCAAUGCCAACGGCAGCUAUUCGGGGAAGGCGGCUGAUGUCUGGAGUCUGGGCGUCAUGCUGUACACCAUCCUCGUCGGGCGCUACCCUUUCCACGACGUUGAGCCCGGCUCUCUGUUCAGCAAAAUCCGCAGAGGCCACUUCAACAUCCCGGAGACGCUCACGCCCAAGGCCAAGUGCCUGAUCCGCUCCAUCCUCCGACGGGAACCCGCAGAGCGCCUCACCUCUCGGGAGAUUCUCGAGCACCCCUGGUUCUCUUCCUCCGGGGCGCUAGGGGGCGCCGUGGUGCACGGUAGAGGGGAAAGGGAGCAGGAGCAGAUGGUGCCUGAGGUGAACAUGGAGGAGGAACUGGAGCAGUUCUUCAGCUGAGCAAACAACCAAGCACAAAACAGAAGACUCCGCCACGGUCGGCUCGCCACGCUCACAGCAGAGCCAAAAACAGUAGUUUAGAGAUUAUAUAGGUGAACAUUUGUCACUCAUAAUAAAGGUGUUUCCAUCUUGUUUCCUUUUUCCACCAUUUCAUGGAAAACCUUGAGCCUGGCAUGACAAAUGGCAUCUAUACAUCACCUGGCGGUGCACCUCCCGUUACGGGGGACGGUGUCGCCAGACAUGCAAAGUUGCAACCAAUGUAGCAAAAUGUUCUUUUUGGAUCUGUUUGGUUUAAUGUGGUGCUCAUAAAAGUAGACACAUUCACCAUUUUUGACACUAUGGAAAGCAUGAAGGGACAAAAGAACACAGGAAACCAAGGAGAACGGUUCAAAGUGAACUGAAACUGCGACACCACAACUUUUUUUUACCAUUUUUUUUUUUUUCUUUCAUAGCUUUAGGUGGUACCAAUUUAAAAACCACAGACCCAGGGUCAGAAAUCACAACCCUAAGUUCUAUUGUUAGACAAAUACAAGGUGAUUAUCCCUGACCUGGGAUCAUUGGUUAAUAAACGGAGCAGCUUAGGCUUUUUUUUUUUUCAUCAUCAUCAUCAACAUGGUCGACCUCGUCUUUUGUUUCAAGUUUUAUUUUGUCGUUUCUCAUUUUGUCUCAGUUUCACAUCAUUGAUAAUUCUGACACAGUCAUUAAACUCCUUGAUGGCCUUGUUUUCAGUAAUUUGUAUGUUUCUGCCUCCUCGGUCUUCUAAGCCUUUACCACACACUUCAUUAUUCACCACCACACUUUUUCUUUGUUGUUGUUGUUGUUGUUUUCAAGCUAUUCCACUCUGUUGUUACUGCUGCUUUAAUAUCACUCCCUUAAACCUCAAUCUUAAACUGUUUAUUCUUGGUAAGCCUCCAAACAUGGCGUCAUGCACUCGAUGUAUUAGGUGAAUGGACGAUUCCACCUUUUUUAAAAAAAAUAAAAAAUUAGCUUCCUCUUA